GUGGCUCCGCCCCCAGCGUGACGUCACAGGGAGCGUGUUGAGCCGACAGAGGAAAGCAGCUUUAAUUGCAGGCAGAGAGAAAAAGCCAGCGAUGGCUUCGCUCAAGCAGGAGCACCACUACGGGCUCUCCUGUGGAAAAAACAACAAAAACAGCCCCAACAGGACGCUGUACCACGUCAAGCUCACGGACACAGCUAUCAGAGCUCUGGAGGCUUACCAGAAACUCAAGAUCUCUUUACCAAGUGAACCAUCAAUUUGUUUCAAAGGAAACCAAGGGUACGUCAAGAUCCCAGCUCCCACACCAGAGUCCCCUUCUGCUCUUCGCGUCUUUUCCUUCUACUUAUCCAGCGACAGCAAAGACCAACCUCAAGCCAGCUUUGACUGCAUCCAUCAAUAUGUUUCAAGUGACGGCCGCGAGCAGCUGGAAGGUCAAGGCAUCAUCCAGGACAAGAUCACAGUGUGUGCCACCGACGACUCUUACCAGAUGACCCGCGAGAGGAUGUCUCAGGUGGAGAAGGACAGCUGGAGCCGCUCCGCCAUCGAGAUCAAACCCGGAGCCACACAUCCAAGUAAAUGUGUCAAGUUCAACAAGAGGCCGGCUCCUCUGUCUGCAUCAGACAGCAGCUUCUCCAAGCAGUCUACCAACAACCGGAAGAACGGCGUUAUGGCCACGCCGACCCAGAAGCCCUUGAGGGAGCGCAUCAUCCACCUGCUGGCUCUCAAACCCUACAGGAAACCAGAGCUGCUGCUGUGGCUGGAAAGAGAAAGAUCCGGCGCCAAGGACAAGGCCGACCUGGGUGCCAUACUGGAGGAGGUGGCAAAAGUGAAUCCCAAAGACAGCAGCUACCUGCUGAGGGAUGACUUCUACAAGCACGUGCAGAAGGACUGGCCAGGCUACAGCGAGGAGGAGAAGCAGCUCAUCAGCAGGCUGCUGGCCAGGAAGUUGCAGCCGCAAAUCAGCCACCAAUCAAGGAAUCUUCAAGCGAAUGGGUCGGUGCUGAAGACCUCAGAGGAUGCAACACUACAUCACAGCACAGCGAAAAAUGCUGCAAUGAAACGUCCCGUGCCUUGUGACUCAUUGGAAAGGCUAGCCAUUAAGAGACAAAGACUUGCGGACCAGAGGUUGCAACAGCAGCCCGCAGUAAACGGACUCUUAAACAAUAAAGGACCAGACAUUGCUGCUCCUACCCUCAACCCCAGUUUCCACACAAAGACCGAGUUUCAACGGACAAGUGACCACUUUAACCAGAAUGGUUUACCAGGGGGCCACAAUGGUUUUCCUCUAAUGCACAAACUGUCUAAUGCCUCUGACACACCUGUCUCAGAGAGCAGAGAGCAAGAACCCAAAAUAAGCAGCCACCCACCACCACAGGGUGACUGUGACUACGCUCAACAGCAGCUCGCCAACAGUCAGCACAGGAAGAAGAAAUCUAAAAAGCACAAAGACAAGGAGCGGGAGAGGUUAAAAGACAACAAGGCCAGCGAAUGGUUAGAGACGAGUCCUGAUCUCAAGCAGAAACCGGACAAACUUGACAAUCCUGACAUCACAAACGCUGUGGCCUCUGAGGAGAAGCCGGAUUACGUGCUCUCAUACGGCACCAUCAAGAGUUUGGAGCAACGCAAGAGGUGCCAGGAGGAUUUCUGUGCAGAGUAUGAUGAAUACAAAGACCUCCACUCCCGGAUCGCCACCAUAACCCACAUGUUUGUUCAGCUAGGAUCCAAGAUCAAAAGCUUGUCCCCCGGCACACAAGAAUAUAAGAUAAUGGAAGACCAAAUACAAGAAAAGUACAACAAGUAUCGAAAGAAGUUCCCAGGCUACCGGGAAGAGAAGAAACGCUGCGAAUAUCUCCAUGAGAAACUGUCCUACAUCAAACAGCUCAUCAUAGACUAUGAUGUCUCUCAGGUUUCUUCAUAGCACUGGCUCUCCCCUUUAGCAGAUCUUUUAUAUGGAACCCCCCUUCUUUGCAUAAACAACAGUGUCAAACAAAAGGUUUUGGAUGAAACUGCAGACGUCAACACGGACUGCCUCUGCUGGGACCACGGAUGAUGCUGUGAGCACCACUGAUAUAAAUCAGUAGCAGAUUUCACUCUGGUAUUUGUAGGUCUAUUUGUCUAGUUUCAUUUCUUAAGGGAUGUCUCAUUGAUGUGAAAAGUCCAAGGGAGAGGCAGCGGAUUAGAUGUUGGAAAGCAUCUGUGCACAUCAAAUUGCCAUGACAGACAAUUUUCGUAACAGUUUUUGCGAGGUUGUUAAAACUAGUGUCGGUGUAAGUCAUUUUGAUGGAAAUAUGGAAAAGGAAAUAUGACUAAAACGUACUUUGUUUUUGAUGCUUGUUUUUGCUCCAGUCAGGCUUCCCCUUUCUUUUCUUUCUUAUUUUUUAUAAAUCUAAAGAUUUAAAUAUGCAGUGUACUUUUCAAUUCCAUAUCAAAGUUGCCUCAUUAAUGAUACAUGAUUGAAGUGGCCCAGUGCAAAAAAAAGAGUUGUCUCAUCUCAGAUUCAGCCUUCAUGUCUUAUUAUGUAAAUGGUGUGAGGUAAUUCCACUUGUCCCUUAAUGUUUCAGGCAUUUAUCUUGAAGCAAGAGUAGUGUAAAGCAGUGGCUGCAUUAGCAGCAAGAUAUUGAAACCUGAUUUUUAAUCAAAUCUUAAAAAGAAGUUGAUUUGGUAUAGGAAACAAGUGAAAUAAUCUCACCCCUUGGCAGAAAAUAAUGCUUUUAGGCUAUAUAUGUAUGUAUAUAUAUAUAUGUAUAUAUAUAAAGUGCUGUAUUAAAAUGAGGAUUUUUUUGCAGUGCAGCCAGUAAGGGGGUCGUACUGUUCACCUGGGCUUCGUCCGAAAUCGCAUACUAUGCACUACAUACUCAACAGGUGUACUAUCGUUCAACAUACUUUUGUGCGAAUAAACAUUAGUAUGUAUCUUUUGGGACGCACUGAGCAUUAAUUUACGUUGUCAAAUCGUGUAACCAUGAUAACCCACGACAACCUCGUGACCAAAACGACGAUUUGUGAGGAUCAUAAAGUCUGAACUAAUUAAAAAUAUACAUUACGCCUAGCAAAGUGAAAUGUUAUACUUACAGUUAAAUUUAAGCGUUAGUGAUGUUACAGAGCCGUCCGUCAACAUCCGUUAUGAACAUUGUCGUCCCUUCCACAUUGCAUUGUGGGAUAUUUAUGCCUCCAAAGUGGUCCAGCGUUGCAUACUGUGAUAUUUCACCGGAAAUACUAUGCAAUUUGCGUUCUAUUAGUUUCAUACUGAGGUUUCGGACAUACUAAAAUAUCUCACGUACUGUUUUAGCGUACUUAAUAACAUUAUUAGUAUGGGAUUUCGGACGCAACCCUGGAUCCAUCUGAUUGGCUUGGAGCAUUAGGUCCUGACAUUAAAUUCAAAUUCUUAAAAAAACAUGCUAAUAUGUUAAAGCAGCUGAUUCCAAUGAGAAAAUAUUCAGAUGGUUUGACAUGUUAAGAUUGAGGUAAAUGCGGUCUCCCAAAUGCACUUGUGUUUAAAGUAUUUAUUCACCACACCCCCUUUUCUUUGAGUGACUGGUAAAGGGACCAAAAUGCUUGAUGGCUGUUGCAAUAAUUUGGUGAGGAAGGUUGAUUUUUCUCCCGAAAGCCAUUACUGACACUGUUAAUCAGGCCUGAAGUCUAGUUUAAAGUAUUCUUACCCACUGGAAAGAAGUGUCUUUCUCUCUUUUUUUCUUUCUUAGAACUACUGAUGUAUUUAUUUUAAAGCCACCUUCCUCCAUUCUGCGCUGUAGGUGUCCUCAGCUCGAGGCGUCAGGUCUUAUUAGAUCAAAGUGUUUGUUCCAAGCAGGUCGGACAGGUUGUGAGCAGAUCAAAGUUUUGCCUAAUAUAAUAUGUGUUUUCUCUGUCUGACCUGACACAGUUGUGGAGAGCGAAUGGGUUCAUCAUAACCAGUUUUGGUACUAUUUUAAACACUAGCCUGCAGGGUUUUAUAUCCUUCAGUUUCCAGUUAAUAACCAGUGCCCUUUCAGUUUUUGGUUUUUUUGCACUAAACCCAGUCUGAAAACAGCAGGCUAGUAAAAAAAUCCAUUCAGAUUGUAAUUGUUCUUCAUGGUUACAGUUUUUGUAUUGAAUGUUAUCACACAGUCGAUGACGUAGAAGCCUUAAGACUACACUUUUUAUAGGACAAAAUCUUCAAACUGCCAAUAUCAACAAGGGGUCAUUAUCAACACACAUCUGUUAUCUGCCUUACAUUACUGUUAGCUGUUACAUUUAAACCUGUCUUAGCAAUUUCACUGUUAAAAAUGAAUGCCAACAGUGGCUUUCUCACAUCACUUUCCGAAAGAAAUGUUUCAUGAUGUAAUUUAAAUAAUGUUUAAUGCACAGUUUGAUUGGCUACUUACUCAUCGGUUGUAAUCAUUCUGGUACUCUGUUUUUACAUAAUCAUCAUUGAGACAUCUGGUCAGGUAUUUAUCAGUAGGACUUUGGUUUUUACUGCGGCUGAUAUUCUUAUUGACUACCCAUCUGAUUCAGCUCUGAGACUGUCUACAGUGAUCUCUGCUGUAUUUCAAGCACAAAAACGCCAUUGUUGAAAUAACAAUGCUCAAUCACUUGCAGGUAGUGGGAGGUAUUUAUUAAAAGGUUUCAUGGGAGUACAGGUAUAAUAGUGUCAAGUGGUUGAUUGAAGGCUAUAAUUAUCAGAGGGUUCUUGAGUUUGAUGGAGACCAUAAUUAUCUGUGGGUCAUUGAGUACGAUGAAUGACUCGCUGGUCUUGAGGACAGCAUAUUUCUUCCAAAAUCACUAAAUGAAUUUUAUUUAUCUGUGCAAGUCUUAAUCACAAACUGCAAAAAAAAAUGCAUAAGGUGUUUUGUUUUUUGUGCUGGUGCUGAAUAUUUACAAGUCACCAGUGUGUACUGCACAGUAUGUGUUUUUAUGUACCUGCUGAAGGGAAAGCCUCAUCUUAGUCACAGAGGAGACAGAGAAGAGCAUUAUGAACUGUAUUUUACAAAUGUAUAGGCUACUUUCUCUUUUCCUGUUGUGCAAAGUUCAAAAGAAUAAAAACAUCAAAGUGAUUUUGA